AUGUCUUCUAUACUUUGUACAUUGUCCGGCCUCGGCAGCUACCACCUUCUCUCUUGGGGGACCCUGAUCGGCACACAGCUGUACCAGACCUUUGUGAUGACAAAACUGGCCUACGUCUACCUGCCCCGCCCCCAGUUCAUGUCCCUCCAGAAAAAGGCCUUUCCCGUCCCUUUUGGCGUCGCGUUGGCCCUGUCCCUCACCACGGCCCUGACCUACCCGGCCGGAUCUGUGGUCGGCCUCAUGGCUACUGGCUCGCCUAACCGCCGCGACCUCUUCUUCCUCAGCGUCUCCCUCGGCAUGAGUCUCCUGAAUCUGCUUGUCUUCGGACCCCGCACCAUUUCCGCACUCGUCCAGCGCAACCACCAGGAGACGCACGACAACCUCAAGCUGGCGUCGAGCGUAGAUCUGCCGCGAGACAAGCUGACGACAGACAUGUACCGGGCGAAGCGGGCGUUCUCGACCAACCAUGCGAUGAGCAUCCACCUUAACCUGAUUGGGCUGUUUGCGACGAUUGCCUAUGGGCUGUCGUUGAGUUCGCGGAUUUUGAUUGCAUGA